CCCCCUGGUCUUGGUCCAGCAGCCAGCUUUGGCGCUUCUGCAACUGCAAAGAUAAGUGUUGAUGCUUCAUUGGCUGGCGCCAUAAUUGGGAAAGGUGGGGUGAACACUAAGCAGGUCUGCCGUCUGACUGGUGCCAAGCUUUCCAUUCGUGACCACGAGAGCGAUACAAAUCUGAGGAACAUUGAAUUGGAAGGAACUUUUGAUCAGAUAAAGCAGGCGACUGCUAUGGUACGGGAGCUGAUUGUGAACAUCAGUUCUACAGCUGCAGUUCCUGCAAAGCCUGCAGGUGGUCUGGGAGUUGGUGGUAUGGGAGUUGGUGGUGGUGGU